AUGGCGGCGAGAGCGAGAGCGGUGGCAGCCACGUCCAGCAACAGCAGCAUCCUCCUGGCCGCGGCGGUGGCACUGGCGCUGCUGGUGUCGUCGGCGUCGGCGCAGUCCGGUUGUACGACGGCGCUGGUCGGCCUGUACCCGUGCAUGAACUACAUCAGCGGCAACGACACAGCGCCGACCAAGUCCUGCUGCUCGCAGCUCGGCUCCGUCGUGCAGUCCCAGCCGCAGUGCCUCUGCAGCGCCCUCGGCGGCGAGUCGUCGUCGCUGGGCGGCAUGACCAUCAACAAGACGCGCGCGCUGGAGCUCCCCAACGCGUGCAGCGUGCAGACCCCGCCGGCGAGCAAGUGCAACGGCGGUAAGUGUUCGACAGCAUUUUUGCUUGCAGCUGGAGGCGGCAGUGCUCCGGGCGCUGGCUCGGGAUCGAAGACGACACCGACGGCGUACUUGCAGGGGAGCGGUGGGUCGCCGCUCCAGGGCACGGCCGGUCGUCUGGUGUUCGCGCUCUCGGCCGCUGCGGUCUACGCCGUGUCCACCGUGUGA